AUGCUGAUUGGUGCAGAAAUAUUUUUUGAUUUAUUACUUGAGGGCAAAAUUUCGUUAAGCAAAGACAUGCCAUAUUUAAUUAACACUGAUUUUGGCUGGGUAGCAGGACGCACGCAUAGCACAGACUUAUGUUCUAAAUCAUUUGAAUGCAUCUUUACUCAAAAAUCACACAAUGAAGACACAUUCCUCGAACGAUUUUGGGAAUUAGAAGAAUACAAAAUAGGCUCCCCGCAACUCAGCGCAGAGGAAAAAAAUUGCGAACAGCACUACAUCAAAACAGUAACAAUCAGCGAAAAUGGGCGAGUUCAAGUAAGAUUACCUUUUAAAGUCAACCUCGAUGUUUUAGGAAAAUCAUUUCAUCUAGCUAAACAACGUUUUCUUUCACUGGAACAUAGGUUGCAACGAGAUAAAGCUUUAUACAAAAUGUACUCAGAGUUCAUGAAUGAAUAUGUAUCAUUAGGGCACAUGUCUAAUAUAAAAGCAGUAGAUUUUUCGAAGCCACACUAUUUUAUGCCACACCACUGCGUUUUAAGGCCUCAAAGUCUCACAACAAAGCUUCGAGUCGUGUUUGAUGCUUCAGCAAAGACUUGCUCUAAGUAUUCUCUAAACGACACAUUUAUGGUUGGACCGACUAUUCAACAAGAUUUGAUAACUACGCUCAUGGCAUUUCGAUUACAUAAAUAUGCAUUGACAGCAGACAUUGCAAAAAUGUACUGCCAAUUUUUGAUGGACAACCGUGAUAGAUGA